AUGAAUAUCGCACAAAGAAGUUCCAAAAACAACCAACUCAUCAGCAAUAUUACAUCAUUAUUGGAAGAAACUAGGUCCAACCUCACCAGCCUUUCAUCGAACUUCAACCAGGAGAUACAAGCUAUACACAACAAUAUUUCCAUGAUAUCAGGAUCAGUGCACGACUUAAAAAGACAGAUAUCUUUCUUUGCUAAAUUGUCUCGUAGUGUCCGAAUCACAAAACGCCACCAAACUGUUGUGUAUGAUUUAGCUCAGACAAAUAAUGAAAAUGGAUAUAACCCAAAGAAUGGAAUCUUCACUUGUCCUCAGUCUGGAACUUAUGUGUUUAUGUGGAACACACUGAUUUAUGUACGUACAUAUAUCAGACUGGAGAUUGUUGUGUCCGGAACAGCUUUAUACGGUAUUUUAGAGGACACUGAAGAGGCAGGUGACUAUGACAGUGCAACUGGCUCUGUGAUUGUUAAUCUCAAUGUUGGAGAUAAGGUGUUCAUUCGUUCUCGUGACUCCGGUCCUGGGCCUCUUUACCUCGAUUCAAGUAUCGUAACCUCAUCAUUCUCUGGAUACCGAAUUUAGCAAAUGCUAUAAAACUGAUUGGAAUAAAGAAGAUUCAAAAUUAAAGGGGCAUGGACACAGUUUCAACUGAAUCUUUUUACCAAUUUUAAUUUUUAAAAUUCUUAACUAUGUAUGGAAAUGUGCUUUAAAGUCUUCCUGGUCAAAAUGAAGCUAGGUAUCUGUAACUUUCUUUAUUACAUUACAUAUAUACAAUGAAAAAAUCUUACUGUUCUUGACUUGGUGUGUACACGGCAAUCUAUAAUGCAAUUCUAAUG